AUGGACGAUAAAAUCUCAACCGUCUCCACGUAUAAACAUGUUUGUAUUACGUUGCAGGUGACGUUCAUAGGCAACAACAUCCCAGUGCAUCCGCACGUCUACUCCAACGGCCACAUUUGCUUGUCCAUCCUCACUGACGACUGGUCGCCCGCGCUCUCCGUGCAGUCCGUCUGUCUUUCCAUCGUGUCUAUGCUCAGUAGUUGUAAGGAGAAGAAACGGCCUCCAGACAAUUCCCUUUAUGUUAAGACAUGCAACAAAAAUCCUAAGAAAACAAAAUGGUGGUAUCAUGAUGACUCCGUGUAACCCCACCCCGCGUCGCUGUAUCGAGCAUGGACGAUAAAAUCUCAGUAUGUGAUAAGUGUUAUAACUGUGCGGUGUGCUAUAACGGUGUGUACAUACGGGCGUGAGUGCUUCGUCGACUGGCUGGCUCUCGCAGUGGGCUACCAAGUGCAGUGUCUUAUGUAGGCUGGAACGAACACCUUUACUUUGAGCUGAACGGAGAAAGAACUGCCAUAUGAAUUUAAAAGUGGAAGUAUGCUUUGGAAGCCAAAUCGUAAGAAAGACCCAAAAAGAAGCGAGCAAAAAUUUGCCAAGUGUGAUACAGAUGUGGCUGAAGAAACCGACUUAACAUAAAUAAUAUAAAGCAUGUUAAGGAUAAAAUUGCUAUAUGGGCUAGUAGAGUUCAAGUCAAGUGCUCAGACAGUGCUCAAAUCAAUCUCUAGAGAUUCAAUUGUGUCCCACACACAUUAAGAUUUAUGGCGAAAGAUUAACCGCAAGUUGGAAUAUAACCACCAGUUAGCAACUAAUAAUUUUUCUUAUGAACAAGGACCACCCUCAGUACUAGGGUUGCCAUAAUAAAGUUAGACAUAGGCUUUAUGUAUACUUCUUGUUAUUUGGUCCAAAUUUGACUGUAUCCUGCCAGCUUACUUACAUAUUGCUAGGUAAAUAUUCAUAGAAGAUUCAAGUGAUCUUGAGAAUCUGUCUUGUCACCCAGAGACUGGCUAAACUGAAUUACCAGAUUGGAUUUAGUUUUUGGCAACCCUGCUUCGAAAAGAAAGAUGGCAACUGGUGACAGAACCUAAACCCUUGCAGCAUUGUUAAAAUAAAAAAAAUUCUGAGUAAGUUACAGGUUUAAAUUUACCACCACUUCUAUGAGAUGAAUAUGGAGAUUAGUGUUACUUAAUGGUGUCUGUUUGGUGCAGGAAAUGUAGAUAUGUGCAACAACUGUGUUCAACGUAAAUUGUUUGAUUUCUUGUUACUGUUUUGUCGCUUCAAAAUACUUAACGGAAUGGGAUAUAAUAGACUAAGUUUUUAUCAUUUUCGUUGCUUACUAUAGUCUGGUCUGUGAGCACGUAGAAUUUUUGUCCAAUGACCCCAAGCUACCCAUCCUUAUCGCUUGCGCGUAAUUAUAUUGCU